AUGUCUAAAACUGCUCAAAAGAGACUGCUGAAAGAAUAUCAACAGUUGGUUAAGGAUCCACCACCUGGGAUCGUGGCUGGUCCAAAGGACGAAGAUAAUUUAUUUCUCUGGGAUUGUUUGAUUCAAGGUCCUCCAGACACACCAUAUGAAGGUGGUGUGUUUAAUGCUCAGUUGGAGUUUCCCAGGGAUUAUCCUUUAUCUCCACCAAAAUUAACUUUUACACCAAGUAUCUUACAUCCAAAUGUUUACCCAAAUGGGGAAGUCUGUAUUUCCAUUUUACAUGCCCCUGGUGAGGAUCCAAAUAUGUAUGAAUUGGCCGAAGAAAGAUGGUCACCUGUGCAAAGUGUAGAGAAAAUUUUAUUGAGUGUGAUGAGUAUAUUAAGUGAACCAAAUAUUGAAAGUGGAGCAAAUAUCGAUGCAUGCAUUCUUUGGAGGGAUAAUAGGUCGGAAUUUGAGAGACAGGUUAAACUUAACAUUUUAAAAUCCUUAGGGUUUUGA